CGCGGGUUGCGCGGCGCAGGAGCCGCCGCCAGCGGAAGGCCGGGCGCAGCGGCCGCGGCGGGAGCAGGGCCGAGCGGACGGGGGGGCGCGGGCCCCCCGGGCGGCCGCGGCCACUCCCCCCCCCCGGGCCGGCGCGGCGGGGGAGGCGGAGGAUGGAAACACCCUUCUACGGCGAUGAGGCGCUGAGCGGCCUGGGCGGCGGCGGCGGCAGUGGCAGUGGCAGCUUCGCGUCCCCGGGUCGUCUGUUUCCCGGGGCGCCUCCGACGGCGGCGGCCGGCAGCAUGAUGAAGAAGGACGCGCUGACGCUGAGCUUGAGCGAGCAGGUGGCGGCAGCGCUCAAGCCCGCGGCCGCGCCGCCCCCGGCCCCCCUGCGCACCGACGGCGCCCCGGGCGCGGCGCCCCCAGACGGUCUGCUUGCCUCGCCCGACCUGGGGCUGCUCAAGCUCGCUUCGCCCGAGCUCGAGCGCCUCAUCAUCCAGUCCAACGGGCUGGUCACCACCACGCCGACGAGCACGCAGUUCCUCUACCCCAAGGUGGCGGCCAGCGAGGAGCAGGAGUUCGCCGAGGGCUUCGUCAAGGCCCUAGAGGACUUACACAAGCAAAACCAGCUGGGCGCGGGCGCGGCCUCCGCCGCCGCCGCCGCCGGGGGACCCUCUGGCACGGCUGCGGGCGCCGCGCCUCCCAGCGAGCUGGCCCCGGCGGCGGCCACACCCGAGGCGCCUGUCUACGCGAACCUAAGCAGCUACGCGGGCGGCACCGGGGGUGCGGGGGGUGCUGCGACGGUCGCCUUCGCCCCGGAGCCCGUGCCCUUCCCGCCGCCGCCACCCCCAGGCGCGCUGGGACCGCCGCGCCUGGCCGCGCUCAAGGAUGAGCCGCAGACGGUGCCCGACGUGCCGAGCUUCGGCGAGAGCCCGCCGCUGUCGCCCAUCGACAUGGACACGCAGGAGCGAAUUAAGGCGGAGCGCAAGCGGCUGCGCAACCGCAUCGCCGCCUCCAAGUGCCGCAAGCGCAAGCUGGAGCGCAUCUCGCGCCUCGAGGAGAAAGUGAAGACACUCAAGAGCCAGAACACGGAGCUGGCGUCCACGGCGAGCCUGCUGCGCGAGCAGGUGGCACAGCUCAAGCAGAAGGUCCUCAGCCACGUCAACAGCGGCUGCCAGCUGCUGCCCCAGCACCAGGUGCCCGCGUACUGAGCCCGCGCGCGGGGCGCAUGCGCGGCCCCCUGCCGGAGGGGCGGGCUCGCGUGGGGGGGGGGGCGUGGGCGCCCCGGACUCGGAGAGGGUGCGGCCCCGGGACUCCCCCCUAGAGGGUGCCAGGACUCGGAGAGGGCGCCUCAGACUCGACAAGCUGGACCCCCUGCUCUCGGGGGGCGAGCGCAUGACCCCCCUCCCCCGCCCUCGCGCUGCCUCUGUCCCGGGCGCGCGGCCACCCAGUGUUGCACAAACCCGCGCGUCCUGGCCGCCCCUUUGUACACACCGCCGCCGAAGGAGGCUCCGAGGGGGCGCAGCCUCAAGCCCUGCGUUUCCUUUUCUUUUUACUUUUUUUUUUUCUUUUUUUUUUUUGACUUUGGAAGAGAGAAGAACAGAGUGUUCGAUUCUGCCCUAUUUAUGUUUCUACUCGGGAACAAACGGUUGUGUGUGUGUGUGUUUUCUUGUGUUGGUUUUUUUAAAGAAAUGGGAAGAAGAAAAAAAAAACAAAAAAACAAAACCUCCCUCGUCUCCUUUCCUCGCUCUCGCUUCCCCUCCCCUCCCCGUCCAUCCCUCCGACACCCCCUCCUCCCGCCCUUUUUCUUCUGUUUGUUUUUUGUUUUGUUUUGUUUUGCUACGAGUCCACAUUCCUGUUUGUAAUCCUUGGUUCGCCCGGUGUUCUGUUUUCAGUAAAGUCUCGUUACGCCACCUCG